AUGAAGUUUCGGGUGGACUACUUUUCAUUUACUAGAAUACAAUUAAUGUUGUAUUUUAAAAUAAGUCUCGUUAGUGAGAUUGCCUCGGUUACUUCAAAAUCUGUCUUCCAAGGCUUAUACACGACGAAAUAAAAGCAAGAACAAACUAUAUACUUGUUUGGUAUAUGUACAAGCAAUGCCAGAAACAGUGUCGUCGUUUUGGACAAAUACGUUUUCGCGUCUUCCAUACAUACGCCGUUGCAACAACAUUGCCAAUAACAUUGCAUUUCGUAUAAAGAAAAUUUUGCAAGCAACAUAUACGUGAGAAAAAGAAAUGUGCAUUUCAAUAUCAGUCAGCGGCCAUUUUGAAUUUAUGAGUACCCCGAACUACGACGAUUAACAACCACGAUUUGUAAUUCCAAAAUUGGACCUUCUUUGACGCCUUUCGAUACAAUCAAUUGUAAAGGCAUAAAGAGCUAUUUUGACAUGUCAUUCGAGGAUAGUUACUAUUUUCUGCAUAUCAAAUGAAAUUUUACUAAAUGCUACAAAAAGCAUUCCAUUCAUUUUCUAUUUUACAUUCUAAAAUACACAUCUGCUGUUAUAAUUCAUGAAUCGAAUAAUUUAAAUGUCCAAAAUUGAGUUGCUAUAAAAGAAAAACGGUCAAAUUAUAUGUUUUACGGCAAUUUUGUAUAUUUUACGUUUUAUUUCUUAUGAAAAAGUAACAAGUAAUUUCAGAUGAACGUAUCAAUAAUAAAAUGACGUGGAGGAAUAGAUCUUUCCACCGUUUUUGCGUUUCUCUGAUAAAUGACUUGAACGCAAAAUAAAUAUUUAAUCACCAUAAGCAAACAUCGUACGUGUUUCAAUUUGUCGAAAUAUAUACUGUAUUCUGCUAAUCGACAGCUGUAGUCAAGGCUGACAAGUAGAUGAAAUAACCUCAACAACGAUAAAAUCGUUGAUAUUAAUCUGAGGAGUUAUACUUUUCAUAUUUAUUGUGAACAGAGAAUACUGUGUGAAUUGAUUGAAAAUAUAUGGGAAGCAGUGAAAGAAAAAUUGUAA